AUGAUUACUUGGCGUUCUAUCGCUCACACCUUGCAACGGUUCAAACUACCAAUUCCACCGGGGUUCCUGGUUACAACCCCAGAGCAAGCAAGGCAUGUUGUCUCCGUGAUGAAUGGACCAUCAGUGAUAAAAGCCCAAGUCCUCGCAGGCGGACGCGGCAAAGGUAACUUCAACAGCGAUGGGAAAAGUGGGGUCCGACGUGUCGAGUCAUCAAGCGAAGCAUUUAAAAGCGCCAGUAACAUGCUCGGGUACUACCUAACCACGGCGCAAACACCAGAGGAUGGACUCCGCGUUGACAAGCUCUACAUCAACAAAGCCAUGGCCAUCGCUCAGGAAUUCUACUUCGCAAUGAUACUCGACCGACAACACACCUCACCCGUGCUAUUAAUAUCCUCGUCCGGGGGGACAGACAUUGAAUCGAACAUCGACAACCUGCACAAACUCUGCUUUGGGCUCUCGACAGGCAUCACUGACGAAAUCGAUGCGUAUGUUCAAGCAGAGCUGGGAUUCUCCGAUGUCGAGAUGAAGGACAUACACCGGAUCUUAGUGCAGAUGGUCAAGUUGUUCAAGGAGAAAGAUGCGACGCUACUUGAGUUGAAUCCCCUGGUGCGUACGGAGGAAGGGGAAUUUGUCUGUUUGGAUGCCAAGUUUGGGUUCGAUGACCUGGCGCGGUAUCGACAAGAGGAGAUCUUUGCGUUGGAGAAGAGGUCACCGGAAGAGGAGGAGGAGCAUCAGCUGGCAAAAUUAGGACUUUCUUAUGUGCGACUUGAUGGGAAUAUAGGGAACAUUGUUAAUGGGGCUGGGUUGGCGAUGGCCACUAAUGAUCUGAUUAGUCUGCAGGGGGGGAGAUGUGCGAACUUUUUAGAUGUUGGGGGUGCGGCGACGAAGGAGGCUUUGUCGAAGGCUUUGGGGAUUUUGAAGAGUGAUCAGAGGAUUAAGGGGAUUUUGAUAAAUAUUUAUGGGGGAAUUGUACGAUGCGAUAUGAUUGCCGAGGCGAUUGUUGCUGCUGCUGCUGAGAUGGGGGGUUUCAAAUGUCCCGUUGUGGUUCGGUUGCAGGGUACGAAUUCCGACAAGGGAUUGAAGCUGAUUGAAAGAUCCGAGUUGGAUAACUUGAUUGUAGAAGCCGAGUUCGAAAAUGCUGCCCAGAUGAUCGUGAAGCAAACACCCGGGGUUGAAGUUUAA